UAGUAGAGAGCAUUGUCACAAACUCACAUCGAUGGGUCACGUGACUGACGAAAUUCUCCAUCAGCUGAUAUUCAUCAGUUCUCGAGUCGACUUUCGUUGCCUACAACUAUACAAGUUGUCUGCUCUCUGGUUGUGUUGUACGCUGGGGCUGGGGCGUGAAAAACUUCAUUUUCAAUUAGUUUGUUCAAUUUUAAACCUUGAAAAUCUGCAGAGUCAAUACUCAUUUUUUAUCGCAUCAAGUCAAGGAAAAUUCAAAAGUUUGCAUGGCCGAAAGUCGUGUCUAUGGGCUCAAUAACGCAAUGCCUGAGCUUACAAGUUUACUUCGUUUACGUGUGAUUGCUGGGCAUAACCUUUGCAAGAAAGACAUAUUUGGAGCAAGUGAUCCUUAUGUGAGAAUUGAUUUGGUGGCAAAUAAUGGAGAACAAGUGAUUGAUUCAGUGUUGACACGAACCAAGAAAAGGACCUUAAAUCCAAAAUGGGAUGAAGAAUUCAUAUUCCGGGUCAAACCUUCAGAACAUAAGCUAGUGAUGGAAGUGUUUGAUGAAAAUCGCUUGACCCGAGAUGACUUUCUGGGAAUGGUAGAACUUCCUUUGGUUGGACUUCCAAAGGAACUACCAGAUACAAGUAUACCCAGGAAAUAUUACAUUCUUCGGCCACGAAGUGCGCGUUCCAAGGUCAAAGGACAUCUGCAACUAUAUCAUGCAUACAUCCCUGAUCCAAAUGAAGUUUCGGAGAUUACAGUAGCCAAUGAUUCUGUCGCUGCAACCGAGCCUCAAACUCAGGAUCCCGAACCUGGUUGGGAAAUGGUUGAUACGACAGAUGGUGUUAAUAGUGCUGGACAGGCACAAGUAGAACAGCCAGCUAGACCCGUUUACGUUCAGGGAAGUUCUUCCGCUCCAGACGUCGCCAAUGCAACGGCCCAGUCUGUCCCUUUGCCUUCUGGUUGGGAGGAACGUCAAGAUGCUAACGGUCGAACCUAUUACGUUAAUCAUAUUGCUCGCACCACCCAGUGGGAGAGACCGUCCAUCCAGCCAGCUGUGAUUCAGGAACAGCAGUUGGCACGUGAACGUAACCUUGAAACUGCUGGAUCGGAUAUGCAACGACGCUAUCACAUAUCGGACGAUGCCCAUCCGCUUCAAGCUGGACUAGAUGCAGCCGCUGGUAUUGCUGAUCAGUUAAGAGAUGUACAAAUUAAUGGCAGUCCAAGACCUAGUCCAGCGUCACCUCGUCACUCCGUAACGUCUAUUGACGGCGGAGAACAGGUUGCAAAUAGUACGUCUCCAACCCCACCAAGACCUGUAGUUGUUCCUAGCAGUGAAGGACUACCACAAGGUUGGACAGUGCAAGUUGCUCCAAAUGGACGUCUAUUUUUUAUCGAUCAUAACAAGCGGGCUACAACUUGGGUGGACCCAAGAUCAGGGAGACCAUCGACACUUCCGCGGCAGAGCCAGAGCCCUGGAAACAAAAACUUCCAAGAUGAAGCGCUGGGACCUCUUCCGGAAGGAUGGGAAGAAAGAAUCCAUAAUGAUGGCAGAAUCUUCUACAUUGAUCAUAAUACACGAAUUACCCAAUGGGAAGACCCCCGUAUGUCGAACCCUAAUAUUGCUGGACCGGCUGUUCCUUACUCACGUGACUAUAAAAGGAAGUACGACUUCUUCAAGUCGCAACUUAAGAAACCAGCCAACAUUCCAAACAAGUUUGAAAUUAAAGUUCAUCGAGCCUCUAUACUGGAAGAUUCGUAUCGAAUUAUCAACACUGUCGCCCGACCGGAGCUGCUCAAGACGAAACUUUGGGUAGAAUUUGACGGUGAAGUCGGACUCGAUUACGGCGGUGUUGCUCGUGAAUGGUUCUUUCUUCUCUCUAAAGAAAUGUUCAACCCAUACUACGGCCUGUUUGAAUAUUCUGCUAUGGACAAUUACACGCUGCAAAUCAACCCAAUGUCUGGAUUGUGUACCGAAGACCAUCUGUCUUAUUUCAAAUUCAUCGGUCGAGUUGCUGGCAUGGCAGUUUAUCACGGCAAAUUGCUUGACGGCUUUUUCAUUCGCCCAUUUUAUAAAAUGAUGUUGGAAAAGCCCAUCGAACUGAAAGAUAUGGAGUCUGUCGAUACUGAGUACUUCAACUCUCUUGUUUGGAUCAAAGAGAACGAUCCAAGCGAGUUGGAUUUAAAUUUUGCUGUCGACGAAGAAAGCUUUGGCAAAACAAUCCAGCGCGAGCUGAAGCCUAACGGGACCAACAUUCCUGUCACCAAUGACAAUAAACAUGAAUACAUCAAUUUGGUGAUCCAAUGGAGGUUCGUGUCCCGCGUUGAAGCUCAGAUGCGUGCCUUCCUCGACGGUUUCAAGGACUUGAUUCCUUUGUCGAUGCUCAAGAUCUUCGAUGAAAAUGAGCUCGAAUUAUUGAUGUGUGGUAUUGGUACCAUUGAUGUCAAAGAUUGGAGAGAACACACCAAUUACAAGGGGGAUUACAAUGCCAACCACAUGGUAGUGCAAUGGUUUUGGAGGGUGGUUUUAUCGUUCAAUCCCGAAAUGCGUUCUCGAGUCUUGCAGUUUGUUACGGGGACAUCACGUGUUCCCAUGAAUGGAUUCAAAGAGCUGUACGGCAGCAAUGGCCCACAGCCGUUUACCAUCGAGAAAUGGGGCACGCCAAAUAACUUCCCCCGUGCUCACACUUGUUUCAAUCGUUUGGACUUGCCACCUUACGAGAGUUACCAACAGCUAAGAGAUAAACUGAUCAAAGCCAUCGAAGGAUCUGAGGGCUUCGCCGGCGUAGAUUAAACGUGCCGAUAAUCUUUAAAAAAAAAAGAUUUCUUGUUUGCGUGUGUUUUUCCUGUAGAGAUUUCUCUUCUUUCUUAUCAUUCUUAUUCUCUUUCCCUACCACUGUAAGUUGUGUAAGAUCAUUCAUUCCACCAACGGUGCGUGUCGUAUAAUCGAUUUCUGUCUUAUGCCUCGAAAACGAUCCUCUUUGUUCACGAUGCCUAUGGAGACGCCGUGUACUCUCUUUAUUUACCUUCCCUUUUUCUCCCCUUCCUUGGGUAGUGUACAGUUGGUAUAUUUCUCUCUAUCUUUCUCUUUAACUCUUACUUUUAAACUAUGGAAAACAUUUGUUACUCCGACAUGGCCUGGAUCAUUUGUCAUGAACAGGGUGCUGAUGGAGUUUGAUUUCGGGGGGUUCGACUUUUGCCAUUUCUUGCAUCACUUGAGGAAAGUGUAGAUGAAGGUGGAAGCAAUUUCAUUGCGUUUUUCUACUUCCCAUUCGACCCAUAUUCGGUAAAAUCGUUGCAAUAUUAUUAACCAACACCAUAACAUCAUCUAUUCUUUUCCCCGUCGCGUCGAUUUAAUCCCGACAAUUGCCUGCGUGUUUUGUGUUACAAUUUUUUCUCGUUUGUCGCGACUAUUCUACACAGUGUGAUACAUAUUAUUAUACAGUCUA